GAAGAGGACAUUAUUACUUGUAGCAUGUCUCCGGAAGCAGACAGAACAGUGUUGGUCUGAAGGACACAAUCAAACAUAAACUAGACGAGGCAGGGAUACAUGGAGAAUUACAACGAUCAGUAACGGACAAUAUGGCGAGUUAUCUUUUACAAUCAAGGGCAGACAAUACAGUAAAAAAGUAUCAGAGUUCUUUUGAUCAGUUUAAAUCAUAUUGUGAUAUAAACAGCCUAGUAUCUAAACCGGCGUUACCUAUCAGCGUAGCAAUGUACUUUACCAGUUUACUUGAUCAAGGCAAGUCAGACAAUGUCGUGUCUGCAGCUUACUAUGGAAUAAAAUGGGUACAUAAUAUCAACGAUCUUCAGGACCCGACGGAAAACAGUAUCGUCAAACAAUUGUUAGAAACUGCGAAACGUAUAAGUUCCAAGCCAGUACAGAAGAAAGACGUUGUAAGCUCAGAAAUGUUACAAGCACGUUGCUUAACAUAUCAAGAUAGUGUUGAUAUUAUUGAUUUGAGGGAUUUGUCAAUGAUUAUGUUAGCCUAUGCAGGUUUUCUGCGUAUGAACGAAGUCAGUAAUUUGCAUUGCAAUGAUGUACAAUUCAAUUCCGACCAUCUAGUUUUGAAAAUAAGGCAAAGCAAAACAGACGUUUAUAGAGAUGGUUCAGAAAUAGUUAUUGCUAAAAGUUGUUCUUCUGCAUGUCCGUAUUCUAUGUUACAAAGAUAUAUGUCUGCAGCACAUUUGUCGAUUAACUCUGAUGAAUAUUUGUUUAAACCUGCAUUUAGAUCAAAACAUGUCGCGUCUCUUAUAGGAAAGAAUAAAAAGUUAAGUUACACAAGGGCAAAAGAAUGUAUUGUUGAUAAAUUGAAAAGUGUUGCGCCGGGCCUUAAACUUGGUUCGCAUUCUUUAAGGGCAAGUGGCGCUACGUCCGUAGCUAACACCGGUGUAUCAGACAGGUGUUUAAAGAGACACGGUCGUUGGAAGACCGAUGUAGCAAAGGAUGGUUAUGUAAAAGACUCUCUUGAAAAAAGGUUAUCUGUCACAAAAAUGUUAAAAUUGUAAAGAACUUAAGAUUAUUUAAGACUUGCAAGAGUUGCAUAUAAAGAACAUUGAAUUUAAAUUUUUCAGCUUCUCUAUACUUUGUAAUUUUCUAUAAAUGUGUCUAGCAAAUCGCAUAACA